CUCGUUUUAGUUGAAGAUCUUGCUUCGCUCAUGAUGACCCUACAAGAUCAAAGCUUUGUCUUAUUUCGUUGACCUAUUCUUUACACAACCAUUCGUUUUUCAGAUCCUUUGAGAAGGCUCUUCAAUGGCGUCGUCAAACUCAGAAAAGAGAUGGAUUUUCCCUCUAGCAAUGGGUUUCCUCAUGUUCAUAUUCCUUGCAGCUGCAUUCUUCAACGUGGGUCUCCUCUCCUCCGUCCGCUCCAUCAACUCACUGGUCAUCUUCUCCUCCAAUCUAUCGACUCCGGUACAGUCUAGUCCUCGCUUUGGUUAUCUAGUUUCAGGGUCAAGUGGUGACUUGGAGAGCCUAUGGAGAGUGUUAAGAGCAAUAUACCAUCCCAGAAAUCAAUACGUUGUUCAUCUCGACCUUGCCUCUCCUGCUGAAGAGAGGCUUGAGCUGGCAAAGCGUGUGAAGGAUGACCCUGUUUAUAGUGACGUUGGUAAUGUUUUCAUGAUCACAAAGGCUGAUCUUGUUACCUACCGAGGACCUACAAUGGUGGCGAAUACGCUCCACGGUUGCGCCAUUCUCUUGAAGCAUAGUAAAGAUUGGGAUUGGUUCAUUAAUCUCAGCGCCUCGGAUUAUCCUCUAGUGACUCAAGAUGAUCUUAUUCAUACAUUCUCGGGGCUGGACCGGAACCUUAACUUUAUCGACCACACUAGCAAACUAGGCUGGAAAGAAGAUCAACGAGCAAAGCCUGUGAUCAUAGACCCGGGGCUUUACUCGAAACAUAAAUCAGAUGUCUUCUUGGUUACACCUCGCAGAACCGUGCCAACUGCAUUCAAACUUUUCACCGGUUCCUUUUGGAUGGUGUUAUCUCGGCCGUUCGUAGAAUAUUGCAUUUGGGGAUGGGACAAUCUUCCACGGACACUUUUAAUGUAUUACACAAAUUUCGUCUCUUCAUCAGAAGGAUAUUUCCACACUGUGAUCUGCAACGCACCAGAAUACUCGACCACGGUGGUGAACCACGACCUGCGUUACAUCUCAUGGGACCGUCCUCCCCUACAGCAUCCUCGAACACUCAGCAUCAAUGACACAGAGAAGAUGAUUGCAAGUGGAGCUAUGUUUGCCCGCAAGUUCAGACACAACGAUCCUGUUUUGGACAAGAUCGAUAAAGAGAUGCUCGGUAGAGGCAAUGGGAAGUUUACACCUGGUGGUUGGUGUGAAGAAAAAUCAGAAUGCUCGAGGGUUGGUGAUCCCUCGAAGAUCAAACCGGGUCCUGGAGCUAAACGGCUACAUGCGGUUGUUGAAAGCCUUGUGUUUACAUCUAACAUGACUCGAAAGCAAUGUAGAUAAGGCUCAAUGCGCUUGUUAGGGGCGAUUUUGUUUACAUGUUUCAUGUCGAAUUAUAACCCGUAUACUUCUUUUAACUAUGUGAAUUUUUUUUU